AUGGCCGGAUUGUAUGCUUGGGCGAGCCGUUGCAUACCAGCAUUCAGCGUAGGCCUCGUGAUAGCGCUGUCGUUCUUGGGACUGUUUGUCUCACCUUCUGGAGAGCAUCACAACAAUAACUACACUGGCGAGGCGACUCUUUCGCAGCUAAUACUGACGGCAUACAUCCUUUUCCUGCAUGCCCUUUCGGUCAUCUACCCUGUGCGAGUCUGUUGGGCCGUCCGCGAUGUUGUAAAGCGAAUGAAAGAGGCAGUGACGGAAGCUACAAACGCCCAAUCUGGUCGUGUGCCAGUUGACAAGGAUGAAAAGGCAGAUUUGAAGGCUCAAUGCCCUCAGUUUGCGAUCAUUCUACCCGCUUAUAAAGAGCAAGUCUCUACGUUGGAAGAGACAUUGCGGGUUUUGGCUUCUCAUCCAGAAGCUCACCGAAGUUAUCAUCUCUACCUCGCCGUGGAAGAGAAGGAAGAGAACGUUGCUUUCAAAGCCGCGAGCAUUUGCCAGACAUUUGGUGACUCGUUCCUACGCUGCACCUUCACCGUUCAUCCCUCAAACCUUCCCGGCGAAGCUCAAGGCAAGAGCAGCAAUGAGUCUUGGGCCGGCAAACAGAUCAUGAAAGAUUUUCCUGACGAGCACGUUAGGAGGGACUUGAUCGUUACAACAAUGGAUGCUGACACACACCUGUCUGCUCGAUACUUUUCUCAAAUUGCACAUUCACACAACAAAUCUCCCGAAACCAACCAGACCACAAUAUACGUCCCUCCAAUUGUGUUUGACCGGAACUUGCACCAAGUCCCGCUUCCGGUGCGGUGCGCAGACAUUAUGUGGGCUGGUGCAGGGAUAUCCAGUCUUUACACUGGAUCGCAAGUUUGCAUUCCCACUUCGGUCUACUCGCUACCUAUGACUUUGCUAGCGCAGGUCGGCGGUUGGGAUACCGGUCCAGGGGCGAUUGGCGAGGAUAUGCACAUGUAUCUGAAGUCGUUCUUUGCUUUGUCAGGCAACCUGCAUGUUGAGGUGGUCUACGCAGCAGCAAGUCAGUGCGAUGUGAGCACUGAUGAUGUGGGUGUCAAAGGAUUCAUUACUGGCGCGGAUGCGCGAUACAAACAGGCUCUCCGACAUAUGUGGGGAUCCCUUGAUUCAGGAUAUGCCAUUCGCGAAACUAUCAAGAUGUUACACCGGCAUCGUCAUGCCGGCAGCUUCGUUGAGACUCCCUCGAGCCCUGUCAAGUCUUCCUGGCCGACUCUCUACACCGGCAACGCAGCGCAGAAGCCUUCAGUGUCGCUUCGAGAGCAUAAAGUCGAUACUACGGUGAUGCCUCCACAGAAACCGAUCAACUGGACCAACAUGUUCAAUCUGUACCAUCGACUCUUCGAGGCACACUUCCUCCCAACACACCUCUACGUUGUAUUGGUUUGCUCGAGUAUCUACACGUUCUUCUACACCAGUGUUGCCAUACCGGACAUGCUCAAGAUCGCUUUGGAAGUUGCCGGCUGGUGUCGUCUUGUCGGUUUCUGCACCAUGAUAUUUUUCUUUUACAACUAUGAGCGCUAUCACGAGCUUUGCGUGAGCCUUCGAACCGAAGAGAUGCGUUGCGUAGGUAUGUUGGAAGAAAUGGCCAACAACGACGGCAUCAGCAAGAAGGUGUUCCAGUACGCCGGGUUCUUCGAAGGAAUGAUAUUCCCAAUCAGCGGACUGGUGUUUGGUGGUCUUCCCGCCACUCAGGCUAUUAUCAGCCAUCUGUUCACAGAACGGCUGGUCUACGUCGUGAGCUUAAAGCCCUCGAGCUUGACCAAGGCACGACCAUGGAAAGAUAUGAGUCGUGUGACACCAUGA